AUGCAACCUGCUGGUGUGUAUCCUGUGGAGCUUUGGCGAGUUGUUGGCGGUUUCUGGGACUCAAUCAACAGACAGACUGACAGACUACAACUCUACUUCGACGCCUGUCAUGCAAUAGCCUUGGAAGCCCAACAAAAUGAGUUUGUCCUCGAUUCGGGACGGUUUCACGACAUCCUCGAUCGAGAGACGCUAGACAAUCUGCUGGCCCCCACCCCAAAGGCCAGCUUUGAUGACUCCUUCAUGGCGCGUCCUCCGGAUGGGGAUUUCUUCGACGAUGAACCGCACUUUACAGCCUUGGCAUUUUUCUACGCCGCGCAAUUGAUCUACUGGUACGUCUAA